GGCGUCAUUGCUUUAUUGGCAGUAGCUCGUUUUGGCUCGUGGUAGAACUACAUGUUUUCACAUUAUGCAAAAUGAAGAAUUUGAUGAUUGCAUGUCAGCCUACACAAAUUCAGCUGAUUCUUGAAGCUGCGCUUUGUUUAGCGUUCGCGUCUCUGCAUGCUUUCUAAAUACUGAAUUUGCAAUAGAAGAUUCCUUUAAAGCACCGAGGGUAUGUGUAACAUGCAAAGGGUUUUACCUAUAAUGCCAUGUUCUGCUUUGGCAGACAUGCAAUAGGGGGCUAACAAUAACAAACUGAUCACGUGGACUCUAUGACUUUGACAUUUGCAAGUUUAUGUAACAUGUUUCCUCAAGAAACACGCGCAGACACAAGAAGCUGUGUCCAUGGCCAGGGACAGAGCAUUUCUCCUCUGUUUAUGUUUUAAACUCGGGUUCAAUGCGAGCCAGGCGCACAAUUAUUGGUUAGACAGAAUGAUUGACAACGCAUUUGGCCUGUGGCAUUUGUGUCAAGCUGCUGGGUUACAUGGAGCUAGUUACAUAAUUAUGUGUAGAAAGAAAUCUAUGGAAUUGCCUUCAUUUAUUAGCUCUGUGAAUGUAGCUUUUUAAAAAAAGAGACAAAUGAAGCAUGGAUAUAGUACAACAUGAUCUUUUUGCGGACAAAAAUAUAAAUAAAUAGUCUAUUAUGUAAUCAUUGAGGUGUUGAUUGGUUAAUUAUAAAUACUGUUAGAAUCUGCUAUAGCUCCAGUAGGAAGAGAAAGUAAUUCAUUAUUUUGUGAGCAGUGCCAUUCAAAGACAGUAGCUACACCUUUACCAUCAGGAAGAUAAUAUGUUUAUUUCCUCUCAGUGAAUGUCUUUGUAGCUGUGCUUUCCCCAGUGGCUGAAUUAGGUAUGCAUGAAAAGAAGACAGUCCCUGAGUGUGCCCCAGAUUUCACUGUUCAGUUUCAUUGUACGGGUCCAAGAACCUUUGGGUUCUGUCAUAAACAAAUAACCCCAGAGUGGAAAUUAUCCAAUUUUUUUGUGAUGACUCUAAUGCAGGCCAGGUCUGCAAGGUAAAGGAGAGAGGGAAAAUGAAGUGUUGUAGUCCGACAGCAUUUUUCACCCCACAAAGUUAAAGGAAGAUGUUUUUUCAUGUUAACCUUAACACCAGGGAAUAGAAUAGCUGUCAUCAUUUGUUUCAUUGUGUUUUAUUUUCCAGCUGUUGUAGCUGUGGGAUAAAAAAUGGUUGUAGCAGAAGCAGAUUUAGCAUUUCCCUGACAUUACAAACACUAAAGUUUGUUCUGUUAAUUAAUGAAGUGAGAUAUUAUACAACACAGUCAGGCCUCUAAUUAGCUGCUGGCUGAGCAGGUCCCUUAUGUGAGCUGUGUCAGGGACACUUCUGCCGUCUCUGGCAUCAUGUAUUCUUUGUAAAAGUGGAGUUAAAUAAGGAACCCCAGGGCUUUCUUUUCACUGCCUUUGACCACUUUCUGGCUUGCUGUUGCUGCCAACAAUAAGUGCUGUAGCUUGUUUCAAUCAUCUUGUUACAGCGCAGCACUUGCCAAUAUCGUUUUCACUCACAAAGCAGUUGAAGAGUUUAGGGAGGCGAGGACUGACAGAGUCAGUGUGCUGGUGUGGUGACCUCAGACUCAGGCUGAUGUCAUGCCCUCUCUGCUUGUGUCUUUGGGGAGAGAGUGAGGGUGGGGUAUAGUUUUCAAGCAUGGAAGUAGUUAAGAGGUUGUAUUUAAUUGCGUCAGGUUGUAUUACAGUGUUAUACCAUAUUACAGGAUAAGGCUGUCCUCAGUCUGUAUUUCUGUUACUGUUAUGAAAAGGCCAAAAUCAGUACGAAGUAUUUGUCCAUCUUUGUCUGUGCUUUCCAACACUCCUGCUGAUGCCUGUGGCCAUCAGUGCCAAGCCCAUUUAUUCAUAGAUGUAAAUAUUUAAAAGGGGAUUUAUAAUAUAUAUUUCCCUUGUUAAAAAGGCUAAGUAUUUUCAGUUGGAGAUAAUAGAUUUUAGCAAAUGUUAUUGAAACAUGACUAAAUGGGACUUUUGGUGUAGACAGUUUUCUCUUUCUCUUGUCCAUGAAGACUCUACAUGGGACAGAUGCUGGGAAAUCUUUCCAAUGACUGAAAAAGAUGGUACUAAAAGGCAGCACAACAGGCACUAAGCACCAGAUCAAUAGAAGCAAGUCUACCACACUGGACAGGGCCUCAGGUGCAGACUGGAAAAUGCAGGAUAUGGAAAGUGAAGGCCAAAGUGGUCCCACUGGUGGUAGGAGCACUUGGGGCUGUGACUCCAACAAAUUGCAGUACCAACAGCAGAGGUCUCUGUCCAGAAAAGUGCAGUGCAAAGAACAGCUAAUGUAAUGCACAGCACCCUCACACUCCUAGGCCUUUGGUAAAAGACCCAAGGUUGAGCAAAAAUGGUAAACGGACUGAACCUAUAUAGCUCGUUUCUACCAUACCUGGACAAAGCACUUUACAGAUUCACACUCCCACACUGAUGGCAGCGUUUCCACCGGGAGCAACUUGGGGUUCAGUCUUGUCCAAGGACAUUUUGACAUGUGGACUGGGGAGAACGGGAAUUGAACCGCCAACUCUGUGAUCAGGGGUUAACCUGCUCUACCCCCCUGAGCCACAGCCACCCCAAGACACACAGGAGUCUUGGGGCAGCAGCAUGCUAUCCUUGUUAACACUGUUCAGUAGUGCUUGUUCCAUUCAUUUGUACACUGGUAUAUGUGUGUAGUGGGGCAGUAAGCUGGCAGACAUGGUGCACCAUAUUAAAUGUACAGCAAAUGGGUCCUGAGCAGACUGUUAUUGUUGUACGUUUAUGAUUGACUGACAUGGUCACGCUCUAGAGCAGCUGCCUGGAAUGGAGGCUGAUCUAGAUAGAAAGCAGAUGGGAUCUGUGCAUGCCCACUCACCAUGAUGGCAUGGUAGAGGAGUAGGCUGCUGCUAAACAUGAGCUCCCUUCUCUGGCUCUCUCUUAGACACAUCACAUCAUUCUGACAACAGUGUCAUCAUUUUGUGAGUUCAACACCAUCUGUCAAACUAACAGCAAGCUAACACGAAAUAUGGCUUUUUGGUGCUGUCUACUGGCUCAUCUCCUCUCUUGAGAAUAUUUCAGCCAUAGAUUUGUAUUGUUGCUAUGAAUAGAUGCAGUUCAAAAUGGGUCAUUUUAUUGUUAAAGCACUCAUCUGUGCAGUGUAAUUGCCAGAAGGCGAGUGUAUGUAAGCAUGCUGUCAUCCAGUAGCAGAUUUGUCUCUGGAGCUCUCACCUUAACCAAAUGGCUUCUCAUUUGUAUGUGGCAAUGCAGGUCAGAAAAAAAGGCACAGGACAAAACAGUUGAAACCAUACAUAGCGUUGAAUGACGCAGAAAUCAGUUGUUAAUGUUGUCUCUGUUGAACAUGAUGUGGUUCAAGGAGGCUUGUUGUACUGAGGACUUAGACACUUGAAAGUACUUGCUAUAAGAGGAGAGUGAAAAGAUUCCUUUGUUUCUCUCAGUUUUGCUGCUGUUGUUAAAGCACAAAGGAAAACACACAGCGAGUAGUUAUUCUACUGAGAGGAUGUGGAUAGCCACUGAAAGUAAAGUCAAUAAUGAUGGAACCUUACUGUGGGCAUUAUAGGAAGCUACUGUGUAAAACUGAGCCCAGCAGCAUCAAAAGCUACUUAACAUGAAAACGCAGAGCAGUUUAAUGUACAUCCACUGUAAUAACACACAUUGUACUUUCUUUAGUUACAGUAUAAUUCUGUCAACAAUGAUUUACUAUCAUUAAACUUACAGUUCAAACUACUUCCUGUGAAUAUAUGCGAAUAUACUUGACAAAAAUAACAAAUACAAAUUAAAAAUUUCCAGCAAUAGCAGCCUCAGUAGUUCCAUCAUGAUUGUCUUAGCCCAAACCCUCGAUGACAUAUGACUACAGAAACCUCUGCCAUCAAUAGUGGCACUCUGCGAUGUCACCAUGGGUGUGUGUGUGUGUGUGUGUGUGUGUGAAGAAAUGGGCCUGGGGUCAGACAGAGAAGCCACUUCCAUUGGACAAUGGGCUCCCAGUGUCUAUAGCUCUGAAUGCCAUUAUUCAUACAGAUUAAUAAUCUCUUCUUUUUUUCCUUAAGAAUGACAUCCUGAUUAUAAUGGCAUUAUACAGUGUCAAUCUUGGAACUUUUGUACCAUUUAAGUGUCAGCUGUACUUAACAAGGUCACAUUUGUGAUUAUUGGCCACAGGGUCAUGGAAACAAAACUCUUUGGUUUAUAUGGUGCCACUUGGGGUGAGUGAAAGAACUUGACUGGUGAUUUGAGGGACUCAAGAUUGAAACUUUGCAAGCUGGAGCAGACAGGGCACGAUAUCUCUCUGUGGUUUGCAUUUUGUUCGUGUCUGUUUAAAGAGUAGCGAUUACAACCACUAGCACAUAGUUUUCGAGACUUUGUUGGGGUGUACUUUGCCAUGGCAACGCACGUCCUCUAAAGAUGCUGGGCUGAGUAUGGGAACAACUGAAUGACACAUCCUCUCACAUCAUUCACCUUCAUUUUCAUCUUUCCCAAAGCACAAAGAGAAAACAAAAGUCAGCUAAUCCAGGCACUGCACAGAGGGAGCCAAACUCCUGCACAAGCAUGGCAGACCACAAAGACAGCAUAGAUGACUUUAAAGUCCAGACAGCAAAGCAUCCUAACAUGAGCACAGUCCCUUUACGGCCACACAGUGAACAAUCUAGAGACCGGCUAUCCAAAAGGCUUUCAACAGAGUCCAAUGGGACCAGUGAAGGAGGUGCGGGGUCAUCCACACCGGUGGAGGUCACUGCUUUGGAAGAAUCAUUUCGGCGCUUUGCCAUCCACGGUGACACUCGUGCUACUGGCAAAGAGAUGCAUGGCAAGAACUGGUCCAAACUCUGCAAGGACUGCGGUGUGAUUGACGGCAAGAACCUCACCCUCACUGACGUGGACAUUGUCUUCAGCAAAGUCAAGAAGAAAUCCUCUCGCACCAUCACAUUUGAUGAGUUUAAAGUUGCCCUUGGAGAGCUGGCCAGGAAGAAAUACAAAGACAAGACUGGAGAGGAGGCUGAGGCUGAGGUCUUCAAGCUGAUUGAGGGGAAGGCACCUGUUAUUGCAGGAGUUACAAGAGCCGUGGCUUCUCCGACAGUGAGCCGUCUAACGGACACCACCAAGUUUACAGGUUCACACAAGGAGCGUUUUGACGACACCGGCCGCGGGAAGGGUAAGGCGGGACGAGUAGACAUAGUUGACACUUCCGGAUAUGUCUCAGGAUACAAACAUCAAGGGUCAUAUGAAAAGAAAGUCAAUAAACCCACCACAGCCAAACCCAUGUGAGGGCGAAGAUAAGGAAAUAAACAUUUGAUCCACUACCAGGAUAAUUUUGUAUUAUGAAGAGCACUAAAGAAAGCACAAAAUAAUAGGAUUUCAUAUAUUUUCCCACCCAUCUAUUUUGUGUGUGUAUGUGAGAGAGAUUUUUAUGUUCCUCUCUUUGUGAAGUGCAAAAACUGGAAAACUGUUUACAUCUACAACCCCAAAUCAGAAAAAGUUGGGACAGUAUGUGAAAUCAAAAUUAAA